AUGUGUCCGCUAUGGCCGUUGCAUCUCAUCAUUUUAUAUUUGCUGGCGCUGGGACCACUGUGGGUGCUCUGUCAGUCAGUGCCCAACUUGAUAGCGUCCUUCGAUCCGAAAGAAAUACAGCUGAAUAUGGGUGAAACCGCCUUCGUUCGUGUCAAUAUUACAGGCACCGGUUACCUUCCCAACGAUGAAAUUAUAACAAAAGUUGGUGAAGAACAUAUAGCCAGCGCCAAAUGGAAUUCUACGCCUCUUGUCACCGAAGGUGGAAAGUUCUUUAGCGGUUUGGUGAAAGUAAAUGGAAAUUUCUUAGGAAGAACGGAGUUUGUGAUAGAAGCGAAAAGGGACAAAGAAGUCUUCACAGUAACGAACGGAACUCUACCAGUGAUAGUAGUAAGACCUUCGAGGCUCAUAGACAAGCUUUUUACCAGCAGUGUUGCUACUUUCGUGACACUAAUCUUCAUAAACUUCGGUUGUGCGAUGCACUGGCCUACAGUUAAGGAGGUGAUAAUAAAACCAGUCGGGCCAAUCAUUGGGAUGUGUGGACAGUUUCUAUUUAUGCCGCUUAUAUCAUUCGGACUCAGCUACGUGAUAUUUCCGAACUCAGCGGCCAUGCGUCUAGGCAUGUUUUGUACGGGCGUGUCGCCAGCCGGUGGGGCUUCCAAUAUAUGGACUUUCAUUUUGGGAGGAAAUCUCAAUUUGUCGCUCGCUAUGACGUCAAUAUGUACGUUGGCGUCUUUUGCUUUCAUGCCAGCGUGGCUUUUCUCGCUGGGCCAAAUCGUGUUCAACAACGCCAACAUAGUUGUGCCCUACAAGCAUAUAGCUUACUUUGUGGCGUGUCUGAUCGCGCCGCUAGCUAUAGGGCUGUCAAUGCAAAAAUUCACACCCAGAAUAGCGGCGUUUAUGGUGCGGAUAUUGAAGGGGUUUUCGACAACCCUACUGCUGUUUGUCAUCGUGUUUGCAAUCAUCACGAACCUGUAUAUAUUUGAGCUCUUCACUUGGCAGAUUAUCGUAGCAGGCAUGGGCAUACCCUGGCUAGGAUAUGCAGCGGGAUAUUUGGUGGCUGUUGCGUGCAAACAAUCCCACCCCGACGCGCUGGCGAUAUCGAUAGAAACCGGUAUACAAAAUACCGGUAUUGCGAUAUUCUUGCUCCGGUACGCGUUACCGCAACCAGAAGCUGAUCUGACCACUGUUGUGCCAGUCGCAGUGGCCAUAAUGACGCCAAUCCCGAUGACUAUUAUAUACAUAUACCAGAAGAUAAGAGGAUGUUUGGGAGCUUCAGACGAAGAAUCGAGCACAAGAAAAUCGUCGAAGAUAUCGCGCCAGUAUCAGAAGGAGCAAGCACCGGCGUCGAUGGAGCCACUGAUGACGCAAAAUAAAGAGCACGAUCAAAAAGGUACUAAAAUGAGAUUUCUACUGCUAACACUGGGAUGCAUCACAGCUCUUCAAACGGUAAACUGUCAAGCAUCAGACACGGUCGCUUUGUUCGAUAAAGACGAAGUUUUGGUGCAUAUGAAUGAAUAUGACUACGUAAAUUUUAAUGUCUCAGGCCCAAGUUUCGAAGUCAAUGAUGUGAUAGUGGGGAUAUCAAGAAUGGAAAAGCACGUCACAGUCGAGUGGAACUCAACCUACCGGCUCACACAGGAGGACGUGGAUAGAGGAGUAUUUGAAGGGAGAUUUCGUGUCAAUGGCAAUUUUCUUGGAAGAACAGAGGUGUUGGUAGAAAGAAGACAGGGAGACGUACGCCUGUCUGUAAAUGGUUCGCUUCCUGUAACUGUUAUCAGACCUCAGCGACCAAUUGACAAAGCCUUCACUGUCAGCGUCGCUGUAUUUGUGUCCCUCAUCUUCAUCAACUUCGGGUGCGCGAUGCACUGGCCCACUGUGAAGGAGGUACUGAAAAGGCCUCUGGGACCAGUCAUAGGAAUGUGCGGUCAAUUCUUAUUUAUGCCUCUCAUAUCAUUUGGUCUUGGCUUUGUGUUAUUCCCGGAUUUACCAGCCAUGCGGCUGGGCAUGUUUUUCACGGGCGUUUCACCUGGGGGUGGGGCUUCUAACAUUUGGACUUUUAUUUUGGGUGGAAAUCUCAAUUUAUCUCUCGCUAUGACCUCUAUAUCGACAAUUGCUUCGUUUGGUUUCAUGCCAGCUUGGAUCUUCUCUCUCGGCCAAGUUGUCUUCGCUGAUGCCAACAUUGUGAUACCCUACGCUCGUAUCGCGUACUUUGUGGUCGGCUUACUAGUGCCUCUAGUUAUUGGACUUGGUAUGCAGAAGUUCACCCCGAAAAUAGCCGGUUUCAUGGUGAAGAUAUUGAAAGUGUUCUCGACUACCCUCCUACUUUUCAUUAUUAUUUUCGCUAUUGUCACCAAUUUGUACAUCUUCGAGCUAUUUACGUGGAAUAUAAUCGUAGCAGGAAUGGGUAUUCCUUGGCUUGGUUACCUAGCCGGAUAUAUCGUAGCUCGCCUUCUCAAACAAACGCACGAAGAUGCUCUAGCCAUCUCUAUUGAGACUGGAGUACAAAAUAUGGGAAUCGCUGUUUUCCUGUUACGUUACGCGUUGCCUCAGCCCGAGGCAGAUCUUACUACAGUCGUACCAGUAUCAGUGGCCAUUAUGACUCCGUUUCCGAUGAUAGCAAUCUUUAUUUAUCAGAAGAUCAGCGGGUGUAUUCGUAAUCGAAUGAGGAGUAAAAAAAUUCAACUGGCAACACAGGAAAUAGAAAUCGCAAGCAAUGUAGCUGUCACAGAUUCAAAACAGGCUUAG